CAUUAUAUUGCAUUAUGCAUAUUAUUAUUCCAGAAGAUUACAGAAGAUGCUUAAAAAUUGUUACAUCAAACAAAACUGAUAGAGACAAUCUUUAGUGACCAGUUUAUACAGCUGAUUAAAAUCAUCGAUGGUCAGGACUUAAUUUUUCGAUCAUUUCAAAUGAUCUGUUUACAUCGACAGGGGUUGUCUUCUGAUAAACUUUCGUUGCAAAUGCGCCCUGACAGUAUCAACGAAAAAAGAAGGGCAUACUGCACCGUGCAGUCUGCACGAGGGACAGUUGAAUUUAUUUGGAGAACUGUUUUGUGCUGUGAACUGAUAAGGAAAUCAAGUUGUAUAAUUUACUUUUCACAUCUUAUUUAAAUCUUGAGUAACGCAGACAUGAAAGAAGGGCACAAUGUUUCCAUCGUAACGAACGACGAUUGCGUCCACGAAAAUGGAGAGGCCGUUAAUACAAAGGAUUCUCCUGCAAGACAAAAAUUACGUGGAUGGCUUAAUAGGAACCUACGAAUAAAAAUGACAGAUGGUCGAGUCUUAAUGGGUGCUUUCUUAUGUACUGAUCGUGAUGCCAAUGUGAUAUUAGGAUCGUGUUCUGAGUUUCUGUCCGAGGAUCAUACAGAAGCAAGGAUACUUGGUUUGGCAAUGAUACCUGGUAGACAUAUUGUAUCAAUACAUCUUGAUGCUUGAGCAACUGUGGUCAUUUAAAUGAACUGUACAUAAUUUACUAUCCCUUAUUCUCUUCAAUUAUAUAAUCCUCCAAUUACUUUGGUAGUUUUUAUUGUAAUAAAAUACUAUAAAGUAAGUAAA